UUAUCUUUAAAAUACAGCUGAAAAUAAAUAUCGUUUGCAGUGGGUACAUACUAUUUAAGAUAAACUUGGAAAAAGAAAAAGAGAAGUUUAAUAAUUAUCUGCUCUACAGAAGAAUGUGUGCUAGCUUACGAAUAUAUACACCGGGUUGUUAAAAGCGUCCGCUAGUGUUAUAUUGGAUUUUAUACACACAGUGGUGCAAACUAGUAAAGUUUUAAACAACGAAAUACUUUGUAUACUUCCGGGUGUGUUGAAAAUGACCUAGUAUAUACAUGUUAUUUGGAGAUAAAAUGAAAAUUAUGUGUCGGAGACACUGUAUUAGAUAUGUUUUUACUUUCAUGACGAUGUGCUUUGUUGUAGGUAUGUACAUGGCAGCUAUUAAACAUAAUAUGGAUGUACACAAACAAUUUCACAUUAAAAGACUUAAAGUGAAAAGGGAUGUACAUGUACAUUCGCGCGUGCACGAAUUCCGGCAACGAAUGACUAAUUUGAAGCCAAUUAAGGAACCACCCCACGUGGAUAAAGACAAAAAUUCGUUCAAAAGAGAAGAUAAUGAUAGUUUACAUGUACAUAUUGUAGAGGAACACCAUGAAGUUAUUCCAUACUGGUUCGCAGCUGUUCGUAAAGGAAUUUUACCUAGAUCAGGCAAUACAUUGGUACAUAUUGACGGACAUUCUGAUCUGGCACCUCCCAGAUUUAUCCCCGGUUAUCCAACAUUCAAGAUGCCACACGAGAAAGAUCUUAGAUAUCUUAUGCAGUCAAAUGACGUUUUCAUACAGGCAUCAGCAAUGACUGGACUUGUCAAUCGUGUGAUCUGGGUGUGGCCGGAUUGGGAUCAAUCAAAUCAUGACUCUAAUUACUUUAUGUCCACUAUUAGUCUCGGAAUGGUCAUGACCGGGCAGAAAACUAAACCAGCCAGAAAAGAGUUCUGCGCAUGUCUGAAAAACGAAACGCGAUUUGAAUGCCGAACAAUUGCUAACAUCAGCAGGCAAGCAAACUAUAGCGUAGAGGAUGAUUAUUUCACAAUUCCGAGGAGUAUGUGUAAAAUAAUGAAAAUUCUCAUAGUAGAAGAAAUUCACGAGUUCAAGGCACUCAGCUUUUUUGGAAAGAGUGACUGGAUUGCGGAAAGCGAAAAUAUCAUCCUAGAUAUUGACGAGGACUAUUUUGGAUGUAGUUAUGCGAUACAGCCUCUGUUGAAAUCUAAUUUAAGUUUAAGCAAGAUCGUUAAGUUAGACAAUCUGAUUGCAGCUCACUUAUGUCCGACCUCCUUCUCUCACGAAAAGGAAUCGGACAAAUAUUUAGUGGAUAUUCUAGCUGUUGCACGGACAAAACGUGCUUGUAUUAAAGACAAUAGAUUGAAACAUACGGACAGGUGUAAUGAGACAGCAAAUGUUGACUUGUUAAAACAUUUCAAACAUAAACUCGAGAGAUUAGUUUCGAAUAACAUUGUACGAAUGUGUUCAAAAUACGACAAUGCCUACGCGUUUGCUCAUAGUUUAGUGACUAAAAUAGCUACUUAUAGCAUUAACCAAAUACGAGCACUUCAGGAAACAGGAUUCUGUUCACAUACAUCAACAAAAACUUUCAGAACGGAUCAAAACACUCCUAGGUUUGGCAUUUGUAAAGGGUCAAACACGCCGGAAGAUACGGCUGUUUUGGAGCACACGCCGACGCUGACGGAACUAGCGACUAGAUCUGUUUUAUUAAAAGGGUUGCUUAAGAAAUUAACCGAUCAUUCAGUGAAAUUAGUGACGGUGUCACGUUCUGUUAGAGAUGGAUAUACGCCGAGACAAUUUUUUGAGCGAAUAGAGGCAAACGUUCUGAAUGGGUUAAAUGAGUCUUUCCACGGCCAAAUAGAUUUGCACUAUGACCGUGAAUUACUCGGCGGGAAGCCAGGAUGGCCUGCGAGACACAAAGCAUAGUUCCAAACUCUGUGAUUAUGUGUGUGCGCUCAAUAUACCACACUAUUUGUGAUAUACUUUGGUAGACUGUUUAUUGGUUAAAUCUUGCCAAACGUACAUUGUAUUUCAAUUGUUUUUUUUCUGUGCAAGUGCGAUGCUAGUUCUACUUAAUUGAAGGAAUUAUUGGAGGACGGUAAUUACUUUUUUUACCAGUUAAACCAAAAAAUGAUAUAUGGCACACUAUUUAUAGUCAGGGGAAAAUAGUGAUCAGGAAAUCCGAAGCAUAAUUAUGUCAACUUCAUAUUUAUUUAUUCUUAAAAUGUUUUAAUUGGUCUGUCUUGUGUCUAUUUAGUAUGAAGGUAAAAAUUACGUUCAACCUUUACUGUCUAAGAAGAGGAUAAAUUCUUUAUGGAAAUGAGAAAGCAAUAUAUUCUUUUUAAUAUAAGACCAUCGGCCUAAUAAAAUAAUUGUCAGAUAUAUGUAAAUAUGGUAUAUUAUCUCUAUGAUAUAUAACUUUGGUUAUGUAAAAAUUACACAUUAUUGAUCACCUAGAAAAAUCUCUCGGUAUACAAUUCAUUAUGUCUAUGAAAAAAAAACUACGCUAAUAUCUAUAUUUAUGUAAAAACAUUAACCAACUAAAACCGGAAGUGAUUUGUCAUUGACGUUAGUACAGAGCCAUGUCAGUCAAACACGGCCGUGUAGUUAGACCAGGCUCUAUACUGUUAUUUAACUAUCUAGAUUUUCCAAAACGAUAAUGGACAAUUCCAUUUCGUCACCUUAGUGCAGUAAUGGGUUAACGCCUUAGACGAUUUUAUAGGAGUUAACCCGUUACUGCAAUAAGUUGACGAUUUACAAAAUUAAGCCGGUUAGGUGUUGAACUAAUCCGUUAUUAACAAUAAAAGGAAAUAUCACUUUGAUGUAAAAGUUGAUCCUGAUGUACACGUUACCAUAAAGUCGUCUGCUGGGCUUGCUAGUAAAUGUAUGCAUAUCAUUCACUGUAUAAUCAUUAUGUUCAGUUUUAGCUUUAAAAGCUUACUGUAUCAUGGGAGGAUGGCGGAAUGUUACAC